AUGUCAGCGCAGCUUCUCGAGGGGCAAGUGCCGUGUCCACCAGCGAAGCUUGCGGCAGCUUUACAGAAGGCUGAGGGAGGAUCCCUCGGCUUACUAGAUGAUGCAGAGCUUCGGAAAGACUUUGCGAAAGCCCUGGAGAGUCCUGAUACCGGCUUCCGCGAGAUCACGGCUGAGUGUGGACCGGUGCUCCUGGACAUCUUCACAAAGGUUGUGCAGGACAAGCUCCAGCGAAUACGAUCCAAAUCCAAGCAGUGGGUGGCAAAGCUUCCGACAGGCGUUGUGAGCUACAAUGCAGUGCUCGAAGCUUGCAAAGACGGGCUGCCGGAGGUGCUCCGGCGAGACUGGGUUCUUUGGCAUUCAGUCGGAAGUGAUCACUAUCCGAAGGAUGUGCCGGCUCUACCUGCAGAAGUGGUGAAUGAAAGGAUCGCUCUUUUGGCUUGUGCUGGCGACACUCCACUGGCAGAUUUCGCUGUGAGGUCGCACGUUCUCGAGAACCUGGACAAGUACCAGUCGUGGGAGGCAUCCAUGAGAGCGAGUCAGCCGAAGGAGCCCUCCAGUGGUGUGAAGCUACCUUUCGAUGCAGCUACGACCAAGCAGGUAACAUUGCGCCGCGCCCUUGGUCAAGCCUUCCCCAUCCAAGUGGCGACGGCGGUUGCGGAGGCCCAGGGUGACUACAAAGAAGUCCUCAAGUCCAUGACUGCGAAAGCACGAGCUUCUGCAGUGCUGCCGAAGUAUGUGGCGCCAAAGGACACAGACAAGGAUCCCAACAAGAAGCGGAAGGUUGGCCCUGCGACCGCUGGAGGUGCUCUUUCUGCGCUGCACAAGUCGACGGAAAGCCAGGAGUAUCGAUGGCACUUGCUGGCCUAUGGUCUCCAUCAUCAAACGACGCUGGGGAGCGCUUCGGCUUCCCGAGGAAGCCAGUCAGGCAAGAUGAAGGUGGAACCUUCGGCGGCGCCGAAGUGUGCAUCGUCUCAAGACAGACCGAAAGGUUUUGCCGGAGUCUGGACUCCAACAG